AUGGUUAGAAGCGGACGAGACCGUGAUAGGGAUCGCGAUCGCAGGCGUUCCCACAGCCGCUCAGCUUCGCCAGAUCGUAAACGCAGACGUUCCCGAUCGCGGAGUAGAGAUCGCACUUCCAAGUCUUCUAAAAGAAAACGUAGCCGUAGCAGAGAUAGGGAGUCUAAGAGAGACCGAAGCAGAGACAGAGAUCGGGAUAGAAAAAGUGAUAAACGAGAUGACAAACGGAAUGGCUCCGGCAGUAAGUCGUCAAGGAAGAAGACUCCUGAAAAGGAUAGGACCAAAGAAAGAUCAAAAUCAAAGGAAAAGUCAAUAAAAACAGAAUCAAGUGAAUAUAACUUAGGCUCUGUUGAUAAGGAAGAAGAGCAAAGCCGUCUAGAAGCAGAGAUGCAGAAACGACGAGACCGCAUUGAGCGUUGGCGUGCAGAACGAAAACGUAAGGAACUGGAAUCUGCAAAGAAGGAAGUACAGAAAGGUAGUUUGGUCACCAACAUUCAGACGGCAGCUGUAAAGAAAUGGUCUUUAGAAGAUGAUUCUGGUGAUGAAGGUGAGGAUGGAGAGACUAAAGAAAAACAAAACACUGAAGAGAAAAAGGAAGAAGAGGAUGAAAUUGAUCCUUUGGAUGCUUACAUGCAGGAAGUGCAACAAGAAGUUCGGAAGGUAAAUCAAAUGGAUCAGUCGAGAGGUUUAAUAAGUGUUCCUUCUGGAGGUGGUACUGGUGUGGUCAUUCUUACUGGAACGGCUAAAAAGAAGGUCACAGAACAAAAGAAUAAAGGUGAAUUAAUAGAACAGAACCAAGAUGGGCUAGAAUAUUCGUCAGAGGAAGAAACUGAAGAUAUUAAAGAUGCUGCGGCAACUCUCGCUUCUAAACAAAGGAAGGAGCUAGCCAAAGUUGAUCAUGCCAGUUUACACUAUAUGCCUUUCAGAAAAGCGUUUUACACUGAGGUGAAUGAAUUAGCAAGAAUGACUCCAGAAGAAGUAGAAGCUUACAGAACAGAGUUAGAGGGUAUACGUGUCAAGGGCAAGGGAUGUCCGAAGCCAAUAAGGACGUGGGCGCAUUGUGGUAUCAGUAAGAAAGAGAUGGAUAUAUUAAAGAAAUUGAAUUUUGAGAAACCAACGCCCAUACAGGCUCAAGCCAUACCAGCUAUCAUGUCUGGAAGGUAA